GCGGCCUCUCCUUUUUCAAUGUCUGCUAAGACGCCAGCCGACCGAACUCACCGAAUCGGGCAAAAGAAAGGGAAGAAAAACACUCCCUAGAUCGGAUUGAGCCAUGCCAGUUUCUCUGCGUAGCUCAACCUGCAUUUCUCGCGCUAGUGUAUGUCGCCGAUUUCAGAGAACCGAUUUGGCUUCUGAGUGUUCCGGAUCUUUAUCCUUCCCUUCUCGUCCUCACAAUCUCUCCUUCAAAUCUUUGGACAUUACUAGACAAGUUCAAUUGUGUAGAACAAGUGCUAUGGCGAAUGCCAAGAGUGGCAUUGAAGAGAUAGGAGUUGAUAUCUCAUUGAGCCCUCGAGUAAAUUCUGUAAAGCCUUCAAAGACAGUGGCGAUAACUGACCAGGCAACUGCACUUGUACAAGCUGGUGUUCCUGUCAUUCGGUUGGCUGCCGGAGAACCUGAUUUUGAUACCCCAACUCCAAUAGCGGAGGCUGGGAUUAAUGCAAUACGGGAAGGAUACACAAGGUACACCCCAAAUGCUGGUACUCAGGAACUUCGGACUGCAAUUUGUCACAAGCUGAGGGAGGAGAAUGGACUCACUUAUACACCUGAUCAAAUUUUGGUCAGUAAUGGUGCCAAACAGAGUAUCCUUCAAGCACUGCUUGCAGUAUGUUCUCCAGGGGAUGAGGUUAUAAUCCCUGCUCCAUUUUGGGUGAGUUACCCCGAAAUGGCAAGGCUGGCAGAUGCGACACCUGUGGUUCUUCCUACACAGAUCUCUGGAAAUUUUCUUUUGGAUCCAAAGCUUCUCCAGUCCAAACUUAGUGACAAGUCUAGACUCUUAAUACUUUGUUCCCCAUCUAAUCCGACAGGAUCAGUCUACUCCAAAGAACUACUUGAAGAGAUCGCAGAGAUUGUAGCAAAGCAUCCUAGGCUUCUGGUGUUGUCUGAUGAAAUAUAUGAACACAUAAUUUAUUCACCAGCAACUCACACAAGCUUCGCGUCUCUUCCAGGCAUGUGGGAGAGGACUCUGACUGUCAAUGGUUUUUCCAAGGCCUUUGCAAUGACUGGUUGGAGACUUGGAUAUCUUGCUGGGCCCAAGCACUUUGUGUCAGCAUGUAAUAAGAUCCAGAGUCAGUUCACCUCAGGUGCCAGUAGCAUAUCUCAAAAAGCAGGUGUUGCUGCCUUAGGACUAGGCUAUGCUGGUGGUGAAGCAGUGUCUAAUAUGGUAAAAGCAUUCAGAGAGCGAAGAGAUUUCCUAAUUAAGAGCUUUGGAGAAAUGCGAGGUGUUAAGAUGUCAGAACCCCAGGGAGCUUUUUAUCUUUUCAUUGAUUUAAGCUCUUACUAUGGAGCAAAGGCUGAGGGGUUCGGUACAAUUGAGAAUUCCGAGUCUCUUUGUCGGUACCUGCUCGAUGUGGCUCAGGUUGCAUUAGUCCCAGGAGAUGCUUUUGGGGAUGAUAGCUGCGUCCGCAUCUCUUACGCAGCAUCCCUCGCCACCCUGAAGGCGGCGGUUGAGAGAAUAAAGAAAGCACUUGCUCCUCUUGGGAGUGCUGCUCCUGUUUGAUGUUGGAAAAAAUAAACACGAAAUCUGGCUGUUGUUUGUACUCUUAUUUACGAGAUGCUUGUACUUUAAAGACAUUCUUUUCAAUAACUGAUGGCUGUACAUCUUGGUUUUCUUGGUUUCUAUCAGCAUCACUUCCCUACUAAACCAAAUGUGAUUAUGUGAAUAAAGACCUUUUGGAAGAGCAGCUACUGUGUUUUGUAUCACCAGUUUGCGUUUGAUGUACCGCUUCUUACAAUUAGAAACAUGAAUAUGGAGUGUAAAACCCAAUAAAAACAUUUUUAUGUG